AUGGCUGUGAUUUCGUUGCCGUUCGGGCUCAGUCUGGCUCAGACGAUCGGCCUCGCAGCACUCGCGGUGGUGCUGUACCAUGCCAUCAACAUCAUCUACAACCUGAGACUCCACCCACUCUCAUCCUUCCCUGGGCCUCUAGCUCAUCGCGCCUCCCGUAUCCCUUACACCCUCUCCAUCCUGCGCGGUCGGCUUCACAGCGACACCGCCGCCCUUCACCGCAAGUAUGGGCCUGUUGUCCGCGUUGCACCGAAUGAGCUAGCCUUCGCGGAUCCAUCGUCAUGGAAGGACGUCAUGGGCGGCGGCUCCAAAGAGCUGGCCAAGUGGGGCGAGGCAUAUCUCAUCCCUGAGUUCAUGGCGCCUCAUCUGCAGAACACAGUGGAUAAAGAGCAUCACAAGAUGCUCCGAAGAGCCGUGGCUCCAGGGUUUAGCGACCAGAGCUUGAGGGCGCAAGAGGGGCUUAUCAGGAAGUACAUCGAAAACCUCAUCGACAGACUCAGAGAGUCUUGUAUCGCUGAAGAAUCUUCUCAUGGCAAGCUUGACCCAGAAGCCGAGAAGUCUGGCGCUAGAGAUCACACGGCAGUUUUCAACCUGGAGAAUUGGUAUCGCUUCACUGUGUUCGACAUAAUUGGUGACUUGGCCUUGGGCGAGUCCUUUGGGUGCUUGAAUGGUGCCGACUUCCACCCUUGGAUCAGGGGAAUGACCGAUGCAGGCAAGGCCAUGUGGCUUCUCACCGCUGCGAGCAUGUAUCCUGUGGCCAAGAAGGUCACCAACUGGCUUUUCCAGACAGUAGCUACAAGGGGCUUCGAGAUGCACAAUAACAGGGUGAAGCCCAUGAUGGAGAGGCGGAUGGCUCAGGGCACAGCUCGUCCCGAUCUGAUAAAUCCUAUUAUAAUGAAGAAGGAUGAGUGGAAUCUCACGGCGAACGACAUGAUCUCUCACGCCACUGUCUUCAUUGGCGCGGGCAGCGAAACAACCGCGGGAGUCCUGACCGCGGUCACGUCGUUCUUACUUGAGAACCCCGAUAAGCUGCAAAGGCUGAAACAGGAAGAGGCGCUGAGGCUCUACCCUCAAACGGGCGUGCCCUCUCUACGGAUAUCUGGAGACAACGACAUCAUCUGUGGCAUUCCGGUGCCCCCAAAGACGGUGGUGGGAAUUUGGGUGUGGUCGAUGUACAGGGACCCGAAACUGUUUGCGAACCCGGAUGAGUUCCACCCCGAGCGAUUCCUUGGUGAUCCUCAGUACGCCAAUGAUGAGCGUGAGGCUCUGAAGCCAUUCUUCACUGGAGCAAGAGAUUGUAUAGGAAGGAAUCUCGCUGUCAUGGAGCUUCGCCUCAUCCUUGCCCAUAUGAUUUACAACUUCGACAUGGAGGUGCAGAGAGAUAGCAGACACUGGGCUAAAGAUCAAAAGAAUCUUUUUAUUGUGUGGGACAAGCCACCUUUCAACGUCAGGUUGAGACCUGUAGGGCAGUGA